AUGACUGAGUUUGAUGAUAAAAUCACAUCUACGUUCCAACAGGACAUCAUUCACGAUCCUGGCCGAGGCGCUCCCCUGGCCAAGAUUGCCUUCCGUGACCCAUACCGGUUUAAGAAAAGAACCGAGCUUUUCAUUGCUGCUGAGGGUAUUCAUACUGGUCAGUUUGUUUACUGCGGCAAGAAAGCUCAGCUGAACAUCGGCAAUGUUCUACCUGUUGGCACCAUGCCGGAAGGCACCAUCGUGUGCUGCCUCGAGGAGAAGCCUGGCGACCGUGGAAAGCUGGCCCGUGCUUCUGGAAACUACGCCACCGUUAUCUCUCAUAACCCUGAAACAAAGAAAACCAGAGUGAAGCUGCCUUCUGGCUCCAAGAAAGUGAUUUCUUCUGCAAACAGAGCUGUUGUUGGAAUUGUUGCUGGUGGAGGUCGUAUUGACAAGCCCAUCCUGAAGGCUGGCCGUGCCUAUCACAAAUACAAGGCGAAGAGAAACUGCUGGCCACGUGUCCGUGGUGUGGCCAUGAAUCCUGUAGAACAUCCCUUUGGUGGUGGUAACCAUCAGCACAUUGGCAAACCUUCAACCAUCAGGAGAGAUGCUCCUGCUGGGCGCAAAGUUGGUCUCAUUGCUGCCCGUCGUACGGGUAGACUGCGUGGAACAAAGACUGUGCAGGAAAAGGAGAACUAAAGACCCAGUAUGGAGUUUACAGAAUAAAUUUUUAAAACU